AUGGAUUUCGUUUAAAGUGAAGAGAGAUAUUAGAAAUUAGAGAAAAUAGGAGAAGGAACCUACGGAUUAGUUUAUAAGGCCAAAGAUAAUCAGACAGGGGAGAUAGUGGCAUUGAAGAAAAUUAGAAUGGAUCAUGAAGAUGAAGGAGUUCCGUCAACUGCCAUUAGAGAGAUUUCUUUAUUGAAGGAAGUCUAACAUCCAAAUAUUGUUCCUCUGAAAGAUGUAGUUUAUGAUGAGUCAAGGUUGUACUUAAUCUUUGACUUUGUUGAUUUAGACUUAAAAAAGUACAUGGAAAGCGUGCCUUAGUUAGAUAGAGUUCAAGUGAAGAAAUUUAUUCACUAAAUGUUAUAAGCCCUAAAUUAUUGCCAUUAAAAUAGAGUUAUUCAUAGAGACUUAAAGCCUUAAAAUAUCUUGGUGGACAUAAAGUAGUAAAACACUCAGAUAGCAGAUUUUGGAUUGGCAAGAGCAUUUGGUCUUCCGCUUAAAACCUACACCCAUGAAGUUAUUACAUUAUGGUACAGAGCCCCAGAAAUUCUUUUGGGAUAGAGAUAGUACUCAACUCCAGUGGAUAUAUGGUCUUUGGGUUGUAUAUUUGCUGAGAUGGCUUAGAAACGACCACUAUUUUGUGGAGACUCCGAGAUUGAUUAGUUAUUCAAGAUAUUUAAGAUCAUGGGAACUCCAAAGGAGUCCACUUGGCCAGGAGUCAGCACUCUACCUGACUUCAAGAGUACUUUUCCAAGAUGGCCAACUCCUACCAAUCCAGCUGCUACUUUGGGGAGGGACAUUACAAAUUUAUGUCCAUUAGGAUUAGAUCUACUUGCCAAGAUGAUUGUUUAUGAUCCUUAUGCAAGAAUCACAGCAGAAGAGGCUUUGAAGCAUGCCUAUUUUGAUGAUUUAAAUAACUGA